UUGUGGUAGGUUCAGAUGAAAAGCACCCAAAUCUAAGUUAAAAACGACCGCCUGCCGCUAACAGGUGAGCUGGUUUCAGUAGCUCGUACGCUCACCAACUGCGAUGGUGAUCGAUCGGAAGCAAUCACGGGAAACAUAACGAAAGCAGAAGGUGCCGAGCACGGCGCACAAUUCGUCGCACGCCCUGCAGGCUGCAGCACCGGGGAUCCACGUGUCGGCGGCCGGCCAGCCACCCGAUGCCUCGACGCCUCGUUGAUCAGAUCAAAGUGCAUCCCGGAACCGGAGCAGGAAGCCACCAGCAUUGUUUAUGUUUGUGCACGCCAGGCACGAAGCCGAUCGAGCGCCUGUCUCCACCGCGAGCCGGCGCGCUACGGGAAGAAUCCCACAUGUUGCAGGUGCCCAAACGUUGUGUUCUCGCGUGGAUGCAACGAUUCGUGCUGCUCCGGACGCUGAAGGCACGGCCCUUUAUAUCUCUUUCCCUCUCGACCCACGUCUGGACGCUCGCCACUCCGCUCCGUUCUCCAUUAAUACUCCCACCGGAAAAGGAGACGAGGGACGAGAGGCAAGGCCACCCCCCGAGUACCGGACCACCACCCUCCACUCAGAUCGUCCUAGCUAGGUAGCUGGCCGGCAAGCGUCGUGUCCCUCCAUGGGCCCGAGCAAUGGCCGACGCCUCCGGCUGGUCCUCGUCGCGGUCGCGCUGGCCGGCGCGGCCGUGGACGCCGUGACGGCGCAGCAGGGCCCGCGGACGGGGCCGGGGCCGGGGCCGAGCUACUUCGACCCCAAGAACUUCAACCCGUCGAUGGCGAUCGUCAUGGUGGUGCUCGUCACGGCGUUCUUCCUGCUCGGCUUCUUCUCCAUCUACCUCCGCCGCUGCGCGGGGCCCCCGCUGGGCGGGCCCGACGACGACGGGUACCCGGCGGGCGGGCGCCGGCCGCUAGGGAUCGCGUACGCGUCGCGGUCGUCCAGGAGGGCGGCGCGCGGGCUGGACCGCGCCGUGCUGGAGUCGUUCCCGACCAUGGCCUACGCCGACGUCAAGGCGCACAAGGUCGGGAAGGGCGCGCUCGAGUGCGCCGUGUGCCUCAGCGAGUUCGACGACGACGAGACGCUCCGGCUCCUGCCCCGGUGCUCCCACGCGUUCCAUGCCGACUGCAUCGACGCCUGGCUCGCGUCGCACGUCACCUGCCCCGUCUGCCGCGCCGUCCUCGCCCCCGACUACUACGAGGCGGCACCGGCGCCACCGCUGGCUCCGGCGAGUGCCGUGUCCGCCGCGGAGCAAGACGCCCCGCGGCAGCAGGCGCCGGAAACAGCCACGGCGCCGGAGCAGGCGGCAGCGGCGGUCGUCGUCGUCGUUGACGCAGAGGAGACGGAGGAGGAGAGGAACAGGAGGGAGGAGGCCGCCGAGCUGAUGCGGAUCGGCAGCGUCAAGCGCGCGCUGCGGAGCAAGUCGGGCCGGCAGCCCGCGCAGUUCCCGCGCUCGCACACCACGGGGCACUCGCUCGCCGGGGCCGCGCCCGCCGAGGCCUCGGAGCGGUACACGCUGCGGCUGCCGGAGCACGUUCUCCGGGAGGUGGUCGCGGCGAGCAGCCUUCGGCGGUCCGCGAGCGUCCAGGCGGGCGGCGACGGGAGCGCGCGCCGCGGAUUCGGAGGCGCCCGCGCCGGGAGGAGCGUCCGGCUCGGCAGCUCCGGCCGGUGGCCCAACAUGUCGAUGCUGGCGCGCACCUUCUCCGCGAGGCUGCCGGCGUGGGGCUCCGCGCGGCGCGGCGAGGCCGAUGCUCCGGCCAAGGGCGCGAAGGUCGCUGGCGACGGCAAGGCUGAAGAGCAGUGCGACGGUGGGGCGUGCCCACUUGGCGCCCACGUUUGACGUGGCUGCUCUAGCGUUAGGCCCAAGAGCUCAGAGUACGCAGUACAGUAUCCCAGUAAAAAGUUAGGAAGGUGUCCUUCUCGUCGCCUUCUGCUUUACGGCGGCGAAGUUGGAGACUUGGAGAGAGUGUGUAUAUAACUUUUAACUGUCGGGUAAAAACAGAUUAUCCAUUCGUUUGGUUCGUUACAGUCAGGGAGGUAUCAAAUUCUUGUGAUGAGAUAGUCGAUCAAGAAGCCUUCCCGUAUCCAUUAGAUCCUAAUCGGACGGCACAUGUUUCCCUCUUA